AUGUUACAUGACAACCUACAGCUAGGUGGGUCGCCUUCCGCACUGUGGCUUCAAACGCACGAUGAUGAUCUAACUUUCGCAGCCGCAAAUAUUGCUUCAAGCCCCUCGGAGCAUAGUGCAAUAGAUCUCGAUCCAGAGAACCUAGAAAUCCGAUGCGUAGACGAUAACGACGAGGUAACCUGCGACUCAGAAACGAUCGACACCAUUAGUAUUUCUUCAGACGAUUCUUCAGGCACUGAUAAGGAUACCGACGCCGAUAUUGAAAGCACGCGAUCCCAGAUAGUGCUAGAAAACGGUUGUGAGCACGUUCGCAGCCUGUUUUACUUCUUCGCACUCCAACGAACUGUGGAAAGUAUCGAGUCGACUUCGAGAAGCUCGAUAGCAGCUUCCGUGAAAUACCCAUCAAGCAGUCUUCCCUUCGCCGAGCCAGCAUUCAUCUCAGGACUCAAUCGCGACAAUGGCCCGGUCACCUUAUCGGUUCACCCUAGUGAUGCUAGCGGGAAGAAGGAGCAUACGGCAAAUACUUCUACUAAAGUUCCAAUUGGGCUUUGCCAAUUCACACAAUUGAGAUAUCUCUUCAUGAAUCGGCGAUGA